ACGAUUUAAUAAACGUGCGAUCUGAACGAAUCACACUGAAUCGCGAUUCAAUUCAAACCGUUUUGCUCAGCCAUUCGGCCAACUCACUGAGAAGAAUCGACUCAAAAGAAUGAUUCAGUCGAGAAUCGGGCAUUGCUUGUUCUGAUUUCACACAGCCGACAGAAAUACAGACACAAUUAAUGAUUGCUGAUUAAAUAUUCUUAGGUAAAUGUUUAUCAGGUCAGCACAGUGCGUACAGCCGGACAGCUGUAGGCGCCACUGUCUAAGGACGAGGGCGAUACAGAGUUGUUCAGUUGUUUGGGAAGUUUUGUGCGCAUGCGCGGACCGUUACAUUUGCGUGAAUGUGAGCGCUUAGCCGGUGCAGCAUGGAAAGGAAAGUACUUGCACUUCAGGCGAGGAAGAAAAGGACCAAACCCAAGAAACCUGGCAAAAAGCCUGAGCCCCACCCGAGGGGAGCCGCACAGCAGCCUGACUCCUCUCUACAGGAGCAAGAUGAAGAGAUCUUGGGCUCUGAUGAUGAGGAGCAGGAGGACCCUAAUGAUUACUGCAAGGGUGGUUAUCACUAUGUAAAAAUAGGUGACCUGUUCAAUGGACGUUACCACGUAAUCCGCAAGCUGGGAUGGGGUCAUUUUUCCACAGUUUGGCUUGCUUGGGAUACACAAGGGAAGCGCUUUGUGGCAAUGAAAGUGGUUAAGAGUGCAGAGCACUACACUGAAACAGCGCUUGAUGAGAUCAAGCUCUUGAGAGCGGUCAGAAACACAGACCAGAAUGAUCCCAGCAGGGAGAAAGUGGUGCAGUUAUUGGAUGACUUCAAGAUCUCGGGUGUCAAUGGAAAUCAUGUGUGCAUGGUGUUUGAAGUUCUCGGUCACCAUCUGCUGAAGUGGAUUAUUAAAUCCAACUACCAGGGCCUACCGCUGCCGUGUGUCAAGAGCAUAAUUCGACAGGUCUUGCAAGGCCUGGAUUACCUGCACACCAAGUGUAAAAUCAUUCACACAGAUAUAAAGCCAGAGAACAUCCUGAUGGACGUGAAUGAGGCGUAUGUUAAGAGACUGGCCGCGGAAGCCACGGAUUGGCAGAAAUCUGGAGCUCCGCCCCCUUCUGGCUCUGCAGUCAGUACAGCUCCAGCCCCUAAACAAAUGGCAAAAAUGUCAAAGAACAAGAAGAAAAAGAUGAAGAAGAAACAGAAGCGUCAGGCUGAACUCCUAGAGAAGAGAAUCCUGGAGAUAGAGGGACUGGAGAAAGGCCCAGAGGAAGGAGAAGAGGAGGAGGAGGAGGAAGAAACGGAGACCCCCGACAGCACCCCAUCAGUCCCCAUUACCAAGACAGCUGAGGCCUCACUUGAUGCCGUCGCAGAUGGUUGGUCUGAGCCCAGAGGUGCCGUCAACGGUCACAGCCAGGGCCCUGAGGAAGAGCAGACCCCAGAUCUUCAGAUGAAGGACGACACCCCCCUGAACCCUUACGACAGCAGCACGGAGGGGUCCGAGCCUCCUAACCCUUACCCAGCAUGCAACGGCACAGAAGAAAAAGAUUCCAGUCCUCCGUUCCCUGCUGCCACAGACGGUAAUGGACCUUUGAAUUGUGGCAUGGUUGAGUCACAGUGUCCUAGAGUGCAGGAUCCAGAAGGCCCCACGGCAGAGCUGAACGGCUGCAGCUCUGCUGAGGGCCCUAGAGCGGAGAUGGGCCUCACCAUGGAGGUGGACCCCAACACGCAGGUGGCCCCAGAGGAGGAGAGCCUGAAGGACGCUAAGAUUGCGGUGGGGAACCUGCUGGUGAAUCCCCUGGAGCCUCUAAAUGCUGACAAGAUCCAGGUGAAAAUCGCUGACCUGGGUAAUGCCUGCUGGGUGCACAAACACUUCACAGACGAUAUUCAGACACGACAGUAUCGCUCUCUGGAGGUGUUGAUUGGGGCAGGAUAUGGCACCCCUGCAGACAUCUGGAGCACAGCAUGCAUGGCAUUUGAGCUGGCGACGGGGGAUUACCUGUUCGAGCCUCAUUCUGGAGAGGAUUAUUCCAGAGAUGAAGAUCACAUUGCAUUGAUUAUUGAGCUGCUGGGGAAGAUUCCUCGUAAACUCAUCCUGAAUGGCAAAUAUUCCAAGGAAUUCUUCACCAAGAAAGGUGACCUGAGGCACAUCACUAAGCUCAAACCGUGGGGUUUGAUGGACGUGCUGGUAGAGAAAUACGAAUGGGCACAAGAGGAGGCCCAGAAUUUCUCUGACUUCCUCCUUCCAAUGUUGGACCUCAUCCCGGAGAAAAGAGCCACCGCUGCAGAGUGCCUCCGUCAUUCCUGGAUCACCUCCUAGUGGACAAAGGACUCCAAAACACACACACUCACACACAAUGUUCUUUGGAACUCCUGAAUGCUCGCCAGCAACCGAUGCUGUCUUAAAGAGCCAUACCUGGUGUCAUGGCAAAUAUUAGCUGCAAGCUGCGAGAAGGUCCGGUCAAGCAGAUCUAAUCAGAAUCCUGUUCUUAUAUUGUUGUCCUUUUUUAUGUAAUGGGUAUAAUUUGAGUGUGCUGUCAUCUCAAUGGUUUGUGCUCAUGCUGAUUUAUUCUAAUAGAUCUAAUCAAUUUUGUAUCAAUUUCCAUCAUAUCAGGAUUAUUUGAAACAUUUCAGAUUUGCUUUCAGAAUCUCCCCAAGUCCCUAGGCUUCCACUAUCCAUUUUCUUAGAGCAGGAGUAUUCAGUUAAUAUUACUUAGGACUCAUCAGCUGAUUGUAGUGUUUCUUUACUGUAUGGAAACCAUAAAAAAUGAUUGUUGAUCUUUAAUAUCGCCGCAAGAUGGUUGUAGAUCAAAUGUCUUAAUGAAGAGGGAACUCUGAACAGUUUCCACACACGAUUGGACAUUAUUGAAGUUCUGAGUCUGUUUUUAUGUUUGUUUGUUUGUUUUAGAACUCUACUUAAUGAAUGUGCAAUGCUAAGCAAGAGAAACAUACUCAUGCACUUUUACCAAAAACGACUAAAGUAAAUAAAACGAAAGAAAUGCUAAUGUUUCAUCCAUGUUUCCUUGCAGUACAUCUUGCAAGAUCUUUAAAGUUCUAUUAAAGAUUGAAAUAACUAAUUUUGUAACAUUAAUCAUGUAGUAUAAUUGAUGAAAAAUGGACACCAGGGAGGAUUCAUAUUGGUAUCAGUGUUUCCUUAACAACAUCAGUGAGAAAAUCUCAAAUAUUGUACAUACUCAUACCAAAGAGUUUGAUCUUCACAGGUUCAGUGUUGUACAGUCUUAAGUCCCAUUGUUCGUGUACAGUUUUGCCAAGGCUUUUUGAAUGAAACUGCAAUGAUCUGUGCAUUUUUUGAGCAUUCACAGUGUUGCUUUAAGCAAUAUAUCAUUGGUUUUUAUUUUCAGAGAGGGUGAAGCGAACACCGCUCUAGUUGAACUUGAAUGGCUUUAAAAGGCCUUUGAUUUCUCUUUUGGAUUAGUUGGUUUCAUUUGACCUUUUGUGAUACUACAAACACAUCCUCUGCUUCUCUGCUCUCUCUCUCCAUUUUUAAGAAUGUCUCUGCUUUUGAUUUUUUCAGCACUGAACUAAAAGGUUUUCUGUAGUAACUACAAAUAAAGAUUUGGAAAUGGCAAA